UUUAAAAGUGCUCGUUGUAAUGAAGAGUCUGCUGAACCAGGUAACGCGGCGCUGUUACAGCAGCACUGUCGCUCGCAAAUGGAUCUACGCUAAAACAUUUAAAGGGGAACCUACGCACGCUAACUUUCGUCUGGAAACGGAAUCGCUACCGGUUCUGCGGGAUGGCGAGUUCCUGGCCGAAGCGGAAUACCUCUCAGUGGACCCUUACAUGCGUCCGUACAUGAUGGCUUACCCAGAAGGAUCUUUGAUGAUUGGCGGCCAGGUGGCACGUGUUACCCAGAGCGCCAACCAGCAAUUCCCUGUCGGUGCCAGUAUAUUCGGUCAGUUCGGCUGGCGGACGCACACCGUCUGUAAUCCGGACUCGCUGGAGAAGGACAAACCGUACGUGCUGCCCGAAUUUGGCGAUCUGCCCCAAAGCUUGGGAGUUGGAGUGCUUGGAAUGCCAGGCAACACGGCGUACUUCGGGCUGCAGGAACUAUGCCAGCCGAAGGCUGGCGAAACGGUCGUAGUAAGUGGAGCAGCUGGAGCUGUUGGGAGUUUGGUGGGACAGAUCGCUAAGAUCCUUGGAUGUCGGGCGGUGGGCAUCGCCGGAUCGGAUGCCAAAUGUGAGUGGCUUCAACGCAUCGGCUUCGACAGUGCUAUCAACUAUAAAUCAGGCAACGUGUACGCCGAUCUGAAGAAGGCUGCCCCGAAAGGUGUCGAUUGCUACUUCGAUAACGUUGGGGGUCAAAUCACCGAGAUCGUCCUGAAGCAGAUGAAUCUCUAUGGGCGAGUGGCUGUUUGUGGGGCCAUUUCCAACUAUAAUAGCGAGGUGGCCAAGGUAACAGACCCACAGCGUCAGUUCGUGUUCAAGCAACUGCGGAUGGAGGGCUUCCUCGUAUGGCGUUGGAAUGAUCGGUGGCUGGAGGGGAUCGAGGCCAACCUACGGUGGAUUCGGGAGGGUAAGCUCGCGUAUGAGGAGACGGUCACCGAGGGUUUCGAUAAGAUGCCGGAUGCCUUUAUCGAUAUGCUGCGCGGAGGCAACACAGGCAAAGCGAUUGUAAAGGUGUGAGUGGCGCUCGCGUUGUGUUAGUGGUUGUAG